AUUUCAUAACCCACCCCACUCCUUUCUCCGAAAUCCGCAUUUAAUGAAGUUUGUCCUCUACUGCGUACUGUAGCGAACAGGCAGGCGUGUGCAUGAUUGUUUGUGUUUCACUGUGGCGCGAGAUUUCUCACAACAAUGGCACACUCUUCUUCUCCGAAUGUGUCUCUGUCUUUAACUUUGCCGAUUACUUGUCACGUCUGUCUUGGAAAGGUGCGACAACCAGUCAUUUGUGCUAACUGCCAUGUAUUCUGCUCCAUAUGCAUUGAAGUUUGGUUGAAGAAUAAUGAACAGUGUCCUAUGUGUAGAAUUCCUAUUACAGCUGAAAACCCUUGCCGAGAAGUUAUAGGAGGUGGAGAAAGCGAAAGUGACAGUUACUCUAGUCCUUUAAUCAGGAAACAUCUCCGCAAAGCAAGACUUGAACUGCUGCAGAGGGAGUAUGAGGAUGAAAUCGAAUCCCUGCAGAAAGAAAUUGAAGACCUGAAUAGCAAAAAUUUGAGUUUGGAAGCACAGCUGGAGAAUGCCUUUAACCCUUUCACUUCUUCACCAGCUAAAGAAGAGAGGAAGACAGAUGGAGUUGAAGGCAGCAGAGUAGACUCUGAAAGAUUUCAUGAGUGGGCUGAAAAGCUGAAGGUUUCUAGGGAUCGUUAUGAGAAAGCAAAGAAUGAGGUAGACAGCUUAAAGGAGGCAAACCAGAAACUGUGGGAACAAAACAGUGUUCUUGUCAGGGAGAAUCUGCGUUUGAAGACAGAAGCUGAAAACAGGUCUCCACAAAAAUUUGGUAGGUUUACAAUGGCUGCACUUCAGGCUAAAAUAGACCAGAGUGAACGGGAAAUGAACCGCUUAAAUAAAGCCCUGGAAAGGAGUGACAAAUACAUCGAAGAGCUGGAAAGUCAAAUUUUGCAGUUGAAAGGCGUUGUCAACGAGAACGAAAAUGCAAGUCUUCCUAAAGCAGCCUCACAUUCAAUGGGCACAGAAGAAAACAAAGAAGGCAGUGAGGAGGCUUUAUCUUGGGCAGAAGUGCAAAGCAAGAAGGAAAGGAUUAUUACCAUGAGAAGAAGUCUAAGCCAAAUGGAGCAGCCAUCAGUUGGCAAACUGCAAGAUGAAGAGUUUGAUUACUCUGGUAUUUCUCAUUGUCAUGCUGGAGAUACUACUGAGCCAGAUUAUAAAACAAAUAAUAUUUUUCCUGGACAUCAUGAACUGCUUUUAGCUACAGCUUCAGUAAAUAAUACGUCAUUGUCACAACCAGAGAAUAAACACUUGGAUAAUGCUUCCGUCCAUAAAGAUGAGACUGAUGUUCAAAUUAGACUUCCAAGUCCUACCACUCCUUCCACUUCUCUGAGUUUUUUACAGCUUUGUAGUCCACAAGAAAGAGAUGUUUGUAUCAGCAGAAAAAGUGCAAAGAAACCACUUGUGCAUCUUAGGAAACUAGCAUUCGGCGAGUUUGGAUGUAGUGUUAUAGGCAGCAAAUUUUCAUUAAGGAAGAAUACAGACAAGCGUGUCAGCACAAAAGAAUUAUCUUUUACUUCUAGUGAAGCAGAAUUUUGGAACCCGUGCCAUAUUGAUCUGUUUGAGAACUCUGAUAACGAGCCUGCAGAACAUUCACCUACCUCAAAAAGUAAACUGACCAUGAUCUUGAGUGAGACACUUCAAGCACUCAGUGACUCAGACAUUAAUCGUACUAGAACUCCUAGUGAGGCAUCUAUGGAAGCUGCCUACUUUGAUAAGAUCUGUGAGUUAGACUGCAUGAUGUCUGAAUCAGAAAACAGUAAAAGCCCUAAUUAUGCUACUAAAUUAUUUGACACUAGUAGCUGUACAGCAACAGAGGAAGUACAGAAAGAGCAGUGUCAAAAUAAAGCUGCAAAAAAACUAGAGUACCCAGUGAAACCUGAAGAGCAGAAUGACGAAUUAUGUUCUCAGUCUAGCUGCCUUACAGUCAAUAGUGAAUGUGAUUCAUUUAGUAUGUCAGUUAGCUCUCCUUGCAUAUCUGAAAAGAAUGACAUCAAUUUCUUAUCUGAAGAUCCCAAGUCUGAUGCUGUUAUGCUCUGUAGUGAGGAUUCGUUGUCAGAAAUAUCCCCUAAAAAUACACAUCCACCUUCACCAACCUUUAUGUCUUCUAAAGAUCAGAAUGUGCCCAGUCAGUGUCAUACUUCUUGGCCCGGUGCUUUAAUUUCUGAAAAUAAGAAAAUAUUUGGAUCAUCUAGGAAUGGAGGUUCCUCAAAAAGGAAACAACCUCACUAUAUAGGCAUGGGCAGUCCUUCUAAAAACUCAAAAAUUGAUACAUGAAUAUUUGCUUAAUAUCAUGCCAGAACACUUGUGAAUGUGUUAUCACUUCAUUGCUAUGAAUGAAAAAAGGCAUCUGCAAGUAGGCAGUGGAAGUAGAUGCAGCUUUCAUCUUCUGUAAUGGAUGUGCUGGGAUGUUUCACCAUUUUAUUGUUGAAGUGAAAAUGGUAUUUAACAAAUUUGUAUUUCCCCAAAACCUGCAGUCUUCCAUUAAUACUUUGUGGAAAUCUCAAGUUCAGAAAAUCAAAGCUAUUUUAACAUUGUUUUCUGUUACACUGUAACUAGAUCAUGACAUUAUUAUUGCAUAUUUUCAUGUUUAAGAGACAUCUGAUUGAAACUGAAAAAAGUGUUUGUUGUGUGGUGCCCAUCUCUUGUAGAGUUGGUGACUGUACAGUACAGCUUCCCUCAAGUUUGGUGCUUAUUUGACUCCCUUUCUAAGCAGGUAAUGAUUCUACAGAUGUUAUAAUGCUGUCUAUCUAUGCCCAUGUUUUAUAGGACUGGUAAAUGAAAUUUAAUAAACAUAGUAGUGAACUGAUAGAAACUCACAUGAUAUGAUGGCAGCAUUAUGUUGAAAUGUAUCACAGAAAACAACUGAAUACAGUGUGUAUAGAAGUGCGGUCCAAAGAUUAUGAAAUUGCUCCACCUCUCCUUUGAGUGCAUGCACAUUUGCCUGUUGAAUUGUAUUCUCUGACCAGGGAAAAAUUUGUGUAUAAUGCAGUUUUGCCACUCCUAGUAUUGCAAUAACGACUUCAUAUAGAUUUCAGUUAAUAGUGGAGCAUGUUUUGCUGGUAGUAUCACAAGUUUCUUUUCUAUGAAAUGAUUUAAAUAUCGCACAAUAUGUUGUAGCAUAUUCUCACUCAUUUUUUACUACUACACGGUGAGUUUUCUAGUCUGUUGUGUAGAAUAAAGGAAUAGCCUAGUCCCAUACUGAUUUUUGCAGUACAGAAGCUAUAGUUGCUACCUAAAGCGCCAUUGCUUACUUGAACUGCAGUUUCAUCAGUAGCUUAAGUGUAAUGAAAAUGAUUAAAUGAAAUAUGUGCUGAGCUGUC